AAAGGAUGCUAUCGGUCUAGUGUAUUAUAAUAUAGAAAUUGUGAAAAAGAUAGUAAUAUAAAGUGGACGAGAUAAAAUGCUAAUUAUUCACAUGUAUCGUUGCAAUUAAUCGAAAACGACUGGGCGAGAUACAUGCGAUAAUAAAAUCAUAUAAUGAGUGUCGAACUGCAUUCCGAACAGCUCGUAAUGAGCUUAUUGUUAGUUCGUUUGCGGAUAUAUUCCUUUUAAUUGGGCCGUACUAUGUUUUAUAAAAUUUAAAGAAAAAAAGCUGUAACAAAGUCUUCAAAGUGCAACUGAAAGAUACAAUCUUCACAUCGGUCAUGCGAGCGACAAACGUUAUUGUAGGAUACGAGAACACAAUCAACGGGAAGCCUAUAAUAUGAUAUACUCUUUUUUCGAAGAGAAAGAUGCUUGGUGUUAUUGGGUUGUAUCGGUCGGCGCCCUGCUGUCAUUCCUUGGCCUGAUUGCCGCCUGUAUCUGCAGCUGUCGACGGAAUGAAAACAAGAAUGAAUUUCUGGGACUUGCUGGAAUGGUAACACUGAAUAAUUCUGAAACAGAUAGUUUCAACAGAAUUCCAACAUUGGAUGUAUCCCAAAUUAUUACCCAAGAUGUCAACGAUGGUGGGAAAAGAACUACGACAGGUGCCAACAGAAGUCUUCCAGACAUUCCAAAAGAUAAAAGCAAAGAACAUGAUGAUAUGGUGGGUUCUAUAGCACAAGAUAUUUAUGAGACUACUGAGACUGUAGGAGACCAUUCAGAAUUAUAUGCUACAGUCCAAGAUGCGGUACAAGAACAGAUAUGUGAAAGGGAAACACCGGAAAUUGUUCAGCAAAGUUCUUUGAUACAAGAUACGUCUCAUCAAUAUGCAAGAUUUGCAUCUCCUAUCUCUGAUAAUAUUGAACAUCCUUAUGCCCAACUUCAAAACUUUCAGAAGACUGAGGUUAAUCAAGUAAAUAGAAUUAAUGUUAAUCAAGUCACGAAUAUUGAAAAUCCAUCAACAUCCACGAGUCAAUUGGGCGGAAAUCCGAUUGCGCCGCCGCGAACUCGCCGAUCAUCCUCGCACAAUUCGCUUUUUAACUCUGAAUUGCACUCCGACAUUCAAGCCGCUAAUGCUAUCUCCGGUAGUAUACAGGCUAAUCAAGACUUACCUUAUAUGACGCCGCCUCUCUUAAUGUUAUUGCCACACUCGUCACAAUCCCAACAUAAUAGCCUGCAACAGCACUUCAGUGGAGACUCCCAAGAUUCGAAAGGGUACACAAGCAUAAGCGUAAGGGAACCGUUAGCUAAUAUAAUUGCACAGACUAAAGCAACUUACAGACAAAAUCAAUCCAGUCGACCAAUUAUUGAUUCUCAUUAUACCACUGUUUCUGAUGAUUCAGAUGAAAUGUAUGCCGCGAUAGAUGAGCAAGAUAAAGUAUAUACUAGUGGUAGUGAAACAUAUGCGCAAAUUCAACCGAUGAUGUCAGAAGUCGAAAGACAUGCACAACACGAGCAAACGAUAUUUUGUCAACCUUUUUUGCGCACAGAAGAGACAUGUCCUGCACCACAACCGCCAAGUGUUGAUAGUUUACGUUAUGUUGCACAUGCUCAUUCCAGGCAAGCAUCAUCGUCGAGUGCCAAUAGUUCCAUUAUUAAUCCGGGAUCACCCAAACCCGAGAAACGUCAAGCAAAUUCUCCUCUACCACCACCGCCUGAAGCAACCGCGGAAGGGUACGCGAUUGUUGACAAAAAGAGUAAAAGCGAUGACAAAUCGAGAUCUUCGCUAUCAGUGGGUAAGUCGCUCGAAGACAUGUACGCAAAAGUGAUGAAGAAAAAAAAGGAGAUAGAGGAGCAGCAAAACGAUACUCAUCUAAACUCUAAUAAUGUUCUACAUUCUGAAGCAAAUAUUUGCAGAAAAUUGAGUCUUGAGGUCAGCCGGGCAUCAUGGUGCAGCCAUGAGUCCGUGGAAAUACAAAAGAAGGAACCUGAUCUCGUGUAUUAUUCUGUUACAAGCAGUAACACGUGCAACUUUAAUGUUGAAAAUGACAAUAACAUUUUGAGAUUACCUAAAGUCGAUAUGGACGCGGCUCAUUUAAAGAUUGAUCAUGAAUACGAGACCGUUAAUUCUAACAAUAGCAAGAGAAACUCUAUCGCGAGAGGCGACACGGCGACAUCGUCCGAUUUAAACUACAACAUGUUGCGUCCACAAUGCUCGCGAGAGAUCGAUUUUCAAAGCACUUCGAUAUUGGCAAGAAACAGCACGGACACAUAUUCGAUAUCAUUUAAGCACAGACAAGUAAGUAAUGCCAGCAGCGAGGAUCCUGGCUAUGAGAAGGUGCGUUUGCGACGGCGAGACGAGUUAGAGUUAGAUCAAGACACUGACUCUGAACCAAAUUACGAAAGCAUGCCGCAUCAUACAGUUGAACCGAAUUAUGCAUCCGUCUGCCAGCCGGGUGAUAGUGACACAGACCCGAAUUAUGAGUCUGUGAGUCAUGGCGAUCCAAAUUACGAGAGCGUAAGGUACAUGAAUGUCACACAAAAUGAGGAACCGCCUUACGAACAGGUGAAUAAUUUUCUGUCGGAUGCAAAAGCGGACGGUUAUGAAAAAAUAAAGGAUAAGAAUAUGAUGAGUGUUUAUAACAAAAAGAUAGAUCUGAAUCUUUCCUUGGAACGAAUCAAUAAUGGAGGAGAUAUUGACGAUGGAGAGUACAUUCAGGUUUAACAUUCUGAUUUUGUUCAACGUUCACCAAGUGUGCGUUGUUAUCGAAUUAUUUUGUGUCUUUUCUACACAUCUCAAAUUCGUUUGGAAUUUGGAAGAAAAACGAAAUUUAACCUCGUAUAUUGCGAUCCAAUGAGUAACUUCUAAUGCAUAAAAGCAACAUGCAUCAAGUUACAACCGAUAGCAAUAAGAUAAUGAGGAUAAGACUGAUAGAGACAGACAGUGAGAAUAAGCUUACGAAUAAAAAGAGCUAAAUUGUAUUAUAUAUUUAAUCUGAUACAUUCCUGAAAUCAGUAACUUGAACUACAAUUUAAAAAAUAAUUGAUAAACAAGUAAAAAUAAAUCUUUUUUAUGUGAAAUUGUGUAUUAUUACAUUUGAAAUGUUGUUCAUGCAAACUAAAACUUAAAAAAAAAAAUUAUCAUCUGUCUUUAAUAAAAAA